AUGGCACCCUCACUAGCUCUGGCUGGGGCUGCCCUCCUGGCAGGUGUGGCCCCUUGCUCUGGGGACACCCCUGCCUCAGCCUCCCCACCACCGACCUCAAGUCCCAAUACAAGCCAGGAGAGCAGCUGCCCUGGCUCUACACGCUGUCAACCUGGUGUCCUGCUGCCUGUGUGGGAGCCAGAUGAUCCAUCACUGGGAGACAAAGCGGCCAGAGCUGUGGUCUACUUUGUGGCCAUGGUCUACAUGUUCCUGGGUGUGUCCAUCAUUGCUGACCGUUUUAUGACCUCCAUCGAAGUCAUUACAUCCAAGGAGAAGGAGGUCACCGUCACCAAGAGCAAUGGGGAGACCAGCGUGGGCACUGUCCGCAUCUGGAAUGAGACUGUCUCCAACCUGACUCUCAUGGCCCUGGGCUCCUCUGCCCCUGAGAUCCUCCUCUCCGUCAUCGAGGUGUGUGGCCACAACUUCCAGGCUGGGGAGCUGGGGCCGGGCACCAUAGUGGGCAGUGCCGCGUUCAACAUGUUUGUGGUCAUUGCCGUUUGUAUCUAUGUUAUCCCGCCCGGAGAGAGCCGACGCAUCAAGCACCUGAGGGUCUUCUUCGUCACAGCCUCCUGGAGCAUUUUUGCCUACAUCUGGCUCUACCUCAUCCUAGCUGUCAUCUCUCCUGGUGUUGUCCAGGUGUGGGAAGCCCUGCUCACUCUGGUGUUCUUUCCGGUAUGCGUGGUCUUUGCUUGGAUGGCUGACAAGCGCCUGCUUUUCUACAAGUAUGUCUACAAGCGUUACAGGGCAGACCCCCGAAGUGGAGUCAUUAUUGGGGCAGAAGGUGACUACCCCAAGGGCAUCGAGAUGGACGGCACCUUUGUGGGGCCGGAUCAUCACCGGGUAGAGGCUGGGAUCGGGCCUGGGCCAAGCCCCGAAGACCGUGAGCUGGACGAGAGCCGGAAGGAGGUGAUUCAGAUUCUCAAAGACCUGAAACAGAAGCACCCGGACAAAGGCCUGGACCAGCUGGUGGGCAUGGCCAACUACUAUGCCCUUCUCCAUCAGCAAAAGAGCCGAGCCUUCUACCGCAUCCAGGCCACACGCCUCAUGACCGGUGCCGGCAACGUGCUUCGGAAGCACGUGGCCGAUGCCUCCAGGAAGCCGGCCCUGCUUGACGGUCCUGAUGAGGAAGAGGAGGACGGGGCCAGCCAUAUCUUUUUUGAGCCCAGUCUGUACCACUGUCUCGAGAACUGUGGCUCUGUCAUGCUCUCUGUUGCCUGCCAGGGUGGGGAAGGAAAUAGCACCUUUUAUGUUGACUACCGCACUGAGGAUGGCUCUGCCAAGGCUGGCUCAGAUUAUGAAUACAGUGAGGGCACAUUAGUUUUCAAGCCUGGUGAGACCCAGAAGGAGCUACGCAUCGGCAUCAUAGAUGAUGACAUCUUUGAGGAAGAUGAACACUUCUUUGUCCGGCUGAUGAACCUGCGGGUUGGCGAUGCCCAGGGCAUGUUCGAGCCUGACGGCGGUGGGAGGCCCAAGGGCCGGCUGGUAUCCCCCGCCCUUGCCACGGUCACCAUCCUGGACGACGACCAUGCAGGCAUCUUCACUUUCCAGGACCGGCGGCUGCAUGUUAGCGAGUGCAUGGGCACUGUGGAUGUCCGAGUGAUCCGCAGCUCUGGGGCCCGAGGCACCGUACGCCUGCCCUAUCGCACGGUGGAGGGCACAGCUCGUGGCGGGGGUGUCCACUAUGAGGACGCCUGCGGGGAGCUCGAGUUUGGAGACGACGAGACCAUGAAGACUCUCCAGGUGAAGAUAGUGGAUGAUGAGGAGUAUGAGAAGAAGGACAACUUCUUCAUCGAGCUGGGCCAGCCCCAGUGGCUGAAGCGAGGGAUCUCAGCUCUCCUGCUCAAUCAGGGGGAUGGAGACCGGAAGCUGACUGCCGAAGAAGAGGAGGCCCGGAGAAUUGCGGAGAUGGGGAAGCCAGUCCUAGGUGACAACUGUCGCCUCGAAGUCAUCAUAGAGGAAUCUUAUGACUUUAAGAACACAGUGGAUAAGCUCAUUAAGAAAACAAACUUGGCUCUGGUAAUUGGCACCCAUUCCUGGAGGGAACAGUUUCUAGAAGCCAUCACCGUCAGUGCAGGGGAUGAGGAAGAGGAGGAGGAUGGGACGAGGGAGGAGCGGCUGCCCUCCUGCUUCGACUACGUGAUGCAUUUCCUGACCGUCUUCUGGAAGGUGCUGUUUGCUUGCGUCCCCCCGACCGAGUACUGCCAUGGCUGGGCCUGCUUCGGAGUCUCCAUCUUGGUCAUCGGGCUCUUGACUGCCCUCAUCGGUGACCUGGCUUCCCACUUUGGCUGCACAGUUGGCCUCAAGGACUCUGUCAAUGCAGUAGUCUUUGUGGCCCUUGGGACAUCCAUCCCAGACACGUUUGCCAGCAAGGUGGCCGCCCUUCAGGACCAGUGCGCUGACGCUUCCAUUGGCAACGUGACUGGAUCGAACGCCGUGAACGUCUUCCUGGGCCUGGGCGUAGCCUGGUCGGUGGCUGCUGUCUACUGGGCGGCCCAAGGCAGGGCCUUCGAGGUGCAGGCCGGAGCCCUGGCCUUCUCCGUCACGCUCUUCACCAUCUUUGCUUUCGUGGCUGUCUCGGUCCUGCUCUACCGCCGGCGGCCCCACAUCGGGGGCGAGCUGGGGGGGCCCCGAGGGCCCAAACUGGCCACGGCGGCCCUCUUCCUGGGCCUCUGGCUACUCUACAUCCUCUUUGCUAGCCUGGAGGCCUACUGCCACAUCCGGGGCUUCUAG